AUGGAUGGACGAGCUCCCCUUCGUUUUCUCCCUCUCUCCCUCUCCCUCCCUCCCUCGUUUCCUUUCAAAAAAAAGUCCUCCGGGUGGGUAAGGAGCCUGCAGGUUCACCCACAGCCGGGCAAGGGGAGGAGACAGGGGCCCCGCGCUCGGCAGCACCCGAGAGGCAGCGGCGAAGACAGGGUCAGCAGUAGUUCCUGUUCACCAUCCUCCGGGGUCAGUCACCGGGAACGUGGCGCCCAAGUUCACCGGCGGUUCCGGCUCAAAGCGCCUAGUCGCAGCCGCAGCAGCAGCAGCAGCAGCCGCCGCCGCCGCCGCCGCCUCCAGCCCGUGCGUCCUCCUCCUCCACCGCCUACUCCUCCUCCUCCUCCGCCGCCGCCGCCCCCAGCUCCUGCGGGAAGGGCCUCCGCCGCUCCUCACUCUCUCGCCUCUGCUUCUCCUUCCCUCCUCUCCUCGCUCCCCUCCAGAAUGUUCAUCCGUAAUCUACAUAACUCCUCCUUCCCGGGGUCUGCCUGGCUCUCGGGGCCCUUGCAUACACACAGCCCGACACACACGCACGCGCGCUUCUUAAAGGAGACGGCUCAGAAAGGAUUCCCCACUACGGUAGGGCGCACCGAAGGUAUCCACCCGCGACAAGGGCCCUGGUUUGAGCACAGCUCUUCGACAGUAUCUCCCACCCCGCAUCCCCGAGGCAGGCACCCAGGAACUUGGGCGGCUCCAUUCUUUCUUCUCGCCCACCCCGCCACCUCGCAUCUAAAAACGAGUGCGCCCCUCCCAGCCAUGAGCUGGGUGGGGCUCAGGCUGCGGACCCUAGUGGGGCCUGGGGAGCGGCCCAACCCUGGUCCUGGAGAGCGGUCGGCAUUCCUGAGGAAGCGGCCCUGGAAGAUCAGGGGCGCUGGGAAUCAGAGGAGCGCCUGGUCACUGAGCGCCGCUGGGUGGCUCAGCCAGCAGAGGGGAAGAGGAGCCCACGGGAAAGAAAAGCAGGCGAGGUUAAGAAUAAAGAGUGUUCCAGUGAAUGUCUCCUGCUGCCCCCAUUUUGAAGAUGAUCUCUUUAUCUUUGGUUUUCUGCAGUUUGGACACCUGGUGGACACAGACUGGACUAUGGAUGUACAAAAGCGUGACGUUAUUGAAUGGACAAAUUUCCCUUUUCAUUGGAAACAGAAAUGGUACUGCACCCUUUCUAGAAAAACAUGUAAAUAGAGAAGCACAGAUCCAACAUAACUGAUGACAGAGCUUGUGAAAGACAUCAGAUCCCAACUUGAUCUCUUGCCUCACAGCUUCUAACCCAAAUCUUAUUUCUACAGCAACCAACACAGCUUCUUGUUUGUAAAACUUCUCAAGAUGUUUCAAAAUGGAAGAAAUGCCGAAACCCACAAAGAAUCCUCGAGCUGGUAUGGUUAUUUUUAGUUGAAGACAUUUGAGAUUCCACAAAUGCAGAAAAGAACCUUCUCAGAGCUUCCUUCUUCUGAUUAAAAGCAGCCACUUCUGGGAAAUAAGGCUGGCAUAAAUCCUCUCUUGAGAGUGGCUUUACUCCCAGAAACAAGACCAAGGGUGUAUCUACCAUAAAUCCCCUUUCCAGGGGAGUUUGAUGGACAUAAAGAAGAUGAAAAGAGUGCUCACACCUGCAUAAACAAACGUUAUCACAAACUUUCUUAUCUCUUGUUUGUUCUCCCAAAAACCUAUUUGUCUUUCCUAAAGAAAUCCAUUUGUUUUCCUUAUAGAAGUCUUUUCUCCUGACUUACUUCUCCUACUAAGUUAGAUAUAUAAACUUCUAAUUUAACCUUUUAGGAAACUACUUCUGUUGUAAGCUCUUGUAUGCAAAUAAACUGUUUUUUUCUCUUGUUAAUGUGUAUUUUCACAGCAUAUCCUCCACCCAGAUCCUGAAUUUGAGAGGGUAGAGGAAAAGUUUUCCUCUCUAACACUUUUGUUCUCUGUCAAUGGCUUAGCUGGAUUGCUAGUCUUCCUAUUAAAAGCAGCAAUUUAUUCUUCCAAAGAUAGUUUCUAAAUAAUAUUCCAUAGAAUUUUCUUUUUAAAUAACCAGGUAAUACCUACCUUGACAUCAAGAGAGCACCAUGAUCAGUAAUUUUAAUGCCCCGGGAACAUACUUUUAAGUAUACAUUGUUUUUCAACCAAUAUUGGAAAGGGAAAGUUCCAAACCACACUAAUUGGACCUAUACUGAACAUGGUAAAUUCUUCUUCAAAUAGUUGCUAAUGGUUUGCUGGGACAGUACUUCCCAUCUGUAAUAACUCUUAAAAUUAAAUUACUAAUAUCUUUGGAUUUCUGGUUCAUCUUUUACUUAAUAUCCAAAAAAUAAAUUGUGAGGUUUUUUUAAAUGCCUGGGUAAAAUUCUGAAAUAGUAGCUUAUUUCAAUUUCGAUAGCUGCUGAGAUUCACACUAGCUUUUCUUCAGUUGACAAAGUAAACAAUAAAACUUCAGCAAAACUGGAAAAUAUAAGAACCGCCAAUGUAUAGUCCCCCAAAGGAUCCAGCAGGUUAUAGAGUCCAAAGCCCUUAUUUUAUAAACGAGUAAACUGAAGACAAAAGCACCAAUGUAGUUGCUUGAAGGUUAUAAAAUGGCAGGGAUAUGUAUAUGUAUAUAUAUAUAUAUAUAUAUAUAUAUAUAUAUAUAUAUAUAUAUGGUUGCUCCUUAAAAUGUAGACUUUUGAAAGAUCAGAGGAUUUGAAUAUGUUUACAUGUCAAGUGAUUUUCUAAAGCUUUGGCUACUGAAUUGGCUCUGAGUCAGCAUGGCCCUUUGCCAUAUCAAAUAAGAAAAAUCACAAACAGAUGACUAACUUACAUAAUGCAUUUCUUUUGGAGCUAGGUCCUUGGCAACUGGAAAGGGUGAAUAGUGAUUUUAAACAUUGACUCUUCAGUGAAGAAGGUCACUGUGUGGUCAUGGAUGAGGAAUGUAAUAAGAUAAUGUUGAUGGCUUUUCUGACUUAGCAUGCCUACAAGAAAUCAGAAUUCUGGGUGAUGACACAGUCUGUCUAUCUUAAGUAAUCUUAACUGGGCAUCAGGCCAUGAAUCUUGAAAACAUAGGUUAAAGCUCUUUGAACAUUGAUUAUAACUAAGAGCAGCUGACUUUUUCACUGCACCAUAAACCUCUUAUGACUCUGACUCAUCAGAUGAUUUGGAAAAGGUGUACUCACUGACAAAGAAAAAGAGGAAAUAUAGAUGAGUUAAGUCACUUUAGUCCCAGAGGAGAACAACUGAGCAUUAAUAACAUUUUAGAAUUUAUUUUCUGCCUGGAGUCAAAUGACCAAUUUCAGACAGCAUUUCAAAUUCUCUUUUUCAUUAUGGCAGAGAAAAGUGCAUCAGAACCUCACCAGAGCCUGAAUACUUUCAACCCAGUUGAAUAGUUUAUGCAGUUAAUUAUGGCUUUUAAUAGAAAUGUAUUCACUUUUACCUUGAGAGGAUGAGAGGACAUCCUAGAAUAUGGGUCAAAGUCCUAUAACCAACACCUAUGUGAUAAAUGGAUUUACUACAUUAGGCAUUUAGUCCCUAACUUGGCAUUCUACCUCCUUCAUCAGCCAAAUUUUAUUUCUUCAUCAGUACUCUUUCUCAACCAUUACUCAAUGACAAUUCAGGCCAUAUAAACUCAAACUUUUUUGAUCUGCAUGUCUAUGCUUUAAGUUUCACUCUUUACCAUUCUGUCACUUUAAUAAAUAUUGAUAUGGCAUUCCCAAUCCAAAUUGUACAUCCUUUGAAACUUUGACUAAAUGAGUAAUAAUUAUGACAAUACUUAUAAUAAAUAAUUAUAAGAGCAUAUUAUCAGCAAUUGUAUUCCAGAAAAUUGGAUUAUAAAGAAAAACUAAAAAAUAUCUGAAAACACAUAAAUUAGUGAAACUGGCUCAAAAAGAGAUAGAACAUCUUAACAGACCUAUACUAACUAAAGAGAUUGAAUCAGUAAUUAGAAACCUUCCAACAAAGAAAAGCCCUGGGCCAGAUGUGUUCACAGGUGAAUUCUAACAAAGAGUUAAAGAAGAAUUAAUAUGCAUCUUUCUUAAACUUUUCCAAUAAAUAGGAGAGGAGGAAACAUUUUCUAAUUCAUUUUAUGAGGCCACCAUUACUUGGAUACCAAAGCCAGAUAAUAAAAUAACAAGAAAAUAAAAUUACAGACUAAUAUCUCUUACAAAUAUAAAUGCAAAUAUCUAUCCUCAAUAAAGUAUAAGCAAACCUAAUCCAACAAUAUAUUCAAAGUAUUAUUCAGCUCGAUCAAGUGGGAUUAACAUAGAAAACCAAGGGUGCUUCAAUAUAAGAAAAUCAGUCCAUGUAAUACAUCACAUAAAUAGAAUAUAAGUAAAAAAGAAACACAUGAACAUUUCAAUAGAUGCAGAAGCAGUAUUUAACAAAAUUGAGGAGAAUUUCAUAAUAAAAACUCUCAGAAAACUUAGAAUAGAAUAAUUCAUCAAUAUGAUAAAGGGCUCUUAUGAAAAACACAUAGCAAAUAUAAUAUUUAAUGGUGAAACAGAAGGCUUUACCCCUAAGGGUAGGAAGAAGACAAGAAUGUCUGCUUUCACCACUGCUAUUAAGCAUGUUACUGGAAGUCUCUGCCAGAGCUACUACAAAAGAAAAAAAGAAAAGAGAGAGAAAAAACAUUUAUGUUGAAAAAAUAAAAAAACCCAGGUUAAAACCAUCUCUAUUUAUAGAUGGCAUGGUCUUAUACCUAGAAAAUCCCAAAGAACCUAGUAGGAAUCACCAAUAGCUAAUAAAUGAAUUCAGCAACAUUGCAGUAUAAAAUUCAAUAAAGAAAAAUCAGUUGAGUGUUUAUAUGACAACAUGACCCACCAAAGAGAAAAUUAAGAAAGCAAUUCUCUUUGCAAUAAAGUCAAAAGUAGUUAAAUAUUGAGGAAUAGAUCUAACCAGGUAGGUGAAAUACUUGUACGUUGAAAGUUAUGAAUAUUGCUGAAAGAAAUUAAAUAAGACAUGAGUAAUAAAGAAAGACAUUUGUGUUUAUGGACAGGAAGACUUAACAUUGUUAAUGUGUUAAUGCCACAUAAAGUGAUCUACAGAUUCAAUGCAAUCCCAUACAAAUUCUAACAAACUUUUUCAUAGAAAUGGGAAGGAUACCCUCAAAUUCAUAUGGAUUUUUAAGGGGCCCAAAUAGUCAAUUAUAUAAAGAAGAAAAAUACAGCUGGAGGACUCACAUUUCCUGACUUUGCAAUGUACCAUAAAGCUAUAGUACUUACAACAGUAUGGUGUUGGCAUAAAGACAAACAUAUAGACUAAUAAAAUACAAUAGAAAGCACAAAAAUAACCCCUGCAUACUUAGUCAAAUUAUCUACAAGAAUGCCAAAACCACUCAAAGAAUGAAAGGACAAUCUUUUCAAUAAAUGGUACUGGAAAAACUAUAUGUCCACAUACAAAAGAAUGAAUUUGGAUCCUUACCUUACAACAUACACAAAAAUUAACUCAAAAUUAUCAAAAACUGUAAUAACUGCAACUACAAAAGUCUUAGAGGAAAUCAUUGGGGAAAAUCUUCAUGACACUGGAUUUGGUAAUGAUUUCAUUGAUAUGAUACCAAACACACAGGUAAGAAAAAAAAUAGUAAAGUUGAACUUCAUCAAAAUUAAUAAUUUUUAUCAGAGGACAGUAUCAAAAAAGUUAAAAGAUUCUGGUUGCUAAUAUUUUGUGGAGGAAUUUUGCAUCUAUGAUCAUCAGGAUUAUUGGCCUGAAGUUUUCUUUUUUCAUUGUGUCUCUGUCAGAUUUUGGUAUCAAGAUGAUGCUGGCUUUGCAGAAUGAGUUAUGGAGGAGUCCUCCUCCUCAAUUUUUUUGAAUAAUUUCAGUAGGAUUGGCACUAGUUUUUCUUUGUACAUCUGGUAGAAUUUGGCUGUUAAGUCCAUCUGGUCAAGGGCUGUUUUAGUUUGUAGGAUUUUUUAAAUUACUGAUUCAGUUUAAGAACUUGUUAUUGGUCUGUUUAGGUUUCUACAUUCAUCUCGGUUCAAUGUCUCCAAUAAUUUAUCCAUUUCCUCUAGAUAUUUGACUUCAUGUGCAUAAAGGUGUUCAUAAACGUCUCUGAAGAUCUUUUGUGUUUUUGUUGGAUGGAUUAUAAUGCAUAUUCUCAUAUAUAAGUGAGAGCUAAACAUGUAGUACACAUAAACAUAAAGAUGGGAACACUGGGGAAUAAUAGAGGGGGAAGAGAGGGAGAGGAGCAAAGAUGAAAAACUACCUAUGGGGUACUAUGCUCACUACCUGGGCAAUGGGUUCAAUAAUAGCCCAAGCCUCAGCAUCACACAAUAUACCUUUUUAACAAACCUGCACAUAUACACCCUGUUUCUAAAAUAAAAGUUGAACAAGAAAAAAGAUGCUUAGUAUAAAUUAUUUAAAUGUUUUGCAGAAAGUGUAUACAAUUUAUUUCCUACAAGUUUACUGUGAUUUUUUUAGAUACCAUGAUUGCUAUGAAGAUGGUAACUUAUAAGGUGGUCACAGGAAUGGAAGUGGAUAAAAGGUGAUGAAAUUGAGACAUGGAAGCCAAAACCAAAAGGAUCAUAUAUUGGUGUGGUUUUGGGAGGUUAAGAGAUGACAAGAUUCAUUCUGGCUUCUGCUACUGGGAAAAUGUUUGUUUUUUGGUUUGUUUAUAGAGAACAAGAAAGAAAAAUAAAAAUAAAAAAACAAGGAUGUGCCCCCCCUUAAAAAGUUAAAAAAGUUAAAAGAAAACCUGUAGAAUGAGAUAAAGUAUUUAGAAAUUAAGUAAGUGAUACAAGAUUAAUAUCUAGGACAUAUAAAAAGCACUUAAAACUCAGCAAUAAUGACAACAAGAAGAAAAAAUUUCAAAAAGGCCAAAGCACUUGAGCAAACAUUUCUUUAAAGAUACACAAAUGGACAAUAAGUACUUGAAAAGAUGCUCAACCUCGUUAGUUAUUAGGGAAAUGCAAAUCAAAACCAAAUAAGAUACCACUCCAUACCUAUUAAGAGGGCAACUACCAAAAGCCCUGAAAAAUAACAAGUGUUGGUGAGGAUGUGAAAAAAUUGAAACCCUCUUGCAUUGCUGGUGGGAAUGUUAAAUGGUGCAGCCACUGUGGAAAACAGUUCAGCAUGUUCUAAACUAAGUUAAAAAUAUAAUAAUCAUAUGACCCAGAAAUUUCACUACUAGGUAUGUAUCCAAAGCAAUUCCACUAUUAGGUAUGUAUCCAAAGUAAUUGAAGCAGGGAACAGAAACUUGUACAGCAAUGUCCUUAGCAGCAUUAUUCAUAAUAGCCAAAAGGUAGAAACAACCCAAGUGUCCAUUAACAGAUAAUGAAUAAGCAAAAUGUGGCACAAAGACA